AUGUGUGUCGCAUUUUGGUCCCUGGAACAUCCUGCAUAUGCCCUAAUCCUAUGCAGCAACCGAGACGAAUACCUGUCCCGGCCGACGGCGAAUGCACAUUUCCAUACCUUUGAACCCAUUGGUCGCGCCGAAGACCUGGAUGGGAAAGUCUUAUCUGGGAGAGACCUCCUCGCCGGAGGGACCUGGGCGGGGUUGAAUCGCUCUGGAAGAGUCGCGAUACUGACCAACAUCACGGAACCUCCAAGGAAGUACGCGUCCAGCCGGGGCGAGCUGGCGUCGUCUUUCCUACUCCCGAAGACGCCAACAGCACCCCUGCGCGAUGAGGUCGAUAAGCUCGUCGCUGAGAACGGCAGGUUCGCUGGGUUUAAUCUGCUCCUCCUCGCCCCCCGGCUAGAACACCCCGAAGGCUGGCGCAAGCUGCACUUCGACUCAGCGUUCGUGACAAAUACUGGCGGGGGCGGCAGGAUAACCGCGCGCGGCCUCACGGAUGCCGAAAUGCGGUGCGGGGGACUGUCCAAUGGCAUCGACUGUGCGGGCGCGAGCGACUGGCCAAAGGUGAAGAAGGGAACACAAGCGCUGCAAGAUGUGCUCGAGACCGCCGCAGAAGGCAUCAGCGACGCCGAGCUUUCGGAGCGUUUAUUCCAACUUCUGACGGAUUUCACCGAAAGCUGGACCAGCGAUCCUGCACCCGCAGAUCGAGCCGCUCUCCGCAAUACAAUCCAGGUAGACCCUAUCCUUGUGCAAGUGACCCAGUCACCGGAUCACAAGCAGUAUUACGGCACUCGCCUUUCCACCGUGUUGCUUGUCCGCAGAGAUGGGAGCGUCUGUUUCGUAGAACGAGACGUCUGGAUGCUGGAUACAAAUGGGGAUGUUGUGAAGGCAGAUGCCAAGAGCCAGCGUAUCUUCCAGUUUCAAAUUGAUCUGAACAGUAUUAGUAGCGCCGAACGCACACACUAG